CUUACUAAAAGAGAAAUUGGUUUCCAUUAAUCUGUUAAUUAUAUCAGCUGAUGUAAUCAACAAUAGAUUUCGCUAUUAUAAUUAUAAUAUUCAAAGAGAAAAUGAUCUCACACGUUUUGUUUUAGAACGAAACAACACAUGUUUUUACAAAUUUUCAAUAACAGUCGAAUAUAUCGAUAGGUUCGUAACGUGAUCGGUGUACCUAUAGCUAUUAUCAAUUGAUUGUGCCUAAAGAUAAUUUGUAAACAGUGGGUUGUUUAACACAAUAAUUAGUACGGCUGCCGUCGCGAAUGAAAAUACAUUCAGUGCUGAAGACAAUCAACAAAGCUGUUAUGGAUUUUCCUCGUGCCGGAAUGUUUGACGCUAUUCAGUUUCCACACACUAUCUUGGAGUGUCUUGUACUAGUGUCGAAAUCAAUUGGACGUUACAGUGAUAUAAUUUUGUGAUAUUCGGUGAUAGUGCUAUAAUAUACAUUUGUUUUUACUAUUCAUUAUGUUAUUCGAGUGCAGAAAGGGUGACUUAUGGAAAUUAUGCAAGAACGUCAUUUAAUAUUUAGUUUAUUUAAUUAUAUCACAUGGAUUUCCAUUCUACAUGGAUCGCAGGUGGAAGCCCACCUCAAAGAUGUCCUGAAUCCUGUGAACACAGAUUUCAAUGUGUGGCACCAACGCGACACAAGGGUCGCGAUCCGCUCUAAUACACAGCUUGCCUGUGAGAGGCCUAAUAUUUAUAUUUGUGAGGAGCCGCCAGAAACUGUUCCUCCAGAUGCAAGAAAGACCUGCAAUUACCGCAAUGUGCGUUACCACGAGCAGGUGUUCCGAUGGGUGGCUGGACGAGGAUGCCUGUUAUAUACUCCAGAUUUUCUCUACGUUGGAGGAGUCAACAAUUUCAACCUGAACGCUGGCUGCUUUUAUGGAAACUGGUUUGCACCAUGCUUGGAAAUUGCUAAAGAAGAUGGUUCAUGUGGCUGCUAUCCCUUCGAUCCAGGUUUGGAGGAAGUGGCCGCGGCAGUCCACGAAGCAUUGAUCCCAGCAGCACAAGGGAGAUGGGAGCGAUGCUUCUACGCAGCAACCGAUUGCUGUAGUCAUUACAUGCCCGACAAUCUUAAUACUACUACAAAUCGCAAUCAAUGUGAGCCAACCUUUGAUGGAUGGACCUGCUGGCCAGAAGCUGCAGUUGGAACUGUAGCUACAGAAGUCUGCUCAGAAUUCGCCUACUCCAACAGUGGACCCUCGUGUCAUCACUACAGCAGCAAGCAAUGCCAUAGGAAUGCGACCUGGGAACUUCAAACAGACUACAGUACUUGCAGUAUCACCCCUCGACUCGUCCGACGAUAUCAGUACUACAUCAUCGUCCUUUCCAUCUCCAUCGCCGCCUGUCUCCCAGCAGUCUUCAUCUUCUGUUUCUACAAAAGACUUAGAAUACCUCGCGUCGCAUUACACAGAAAUCUCCUUAUUGCUAUCAUUAUAAGGAAUGCACUGGUCAUUGUCAGCCGAAGUGAGAUCUACAUAGACGAGCUAACAAGUUCUGGAGAGACAGUGAUGUCGUCACAUGGGAUUGCCUGCCGUAUAUUAGCAUUUGCCGAACGAGUAGCCGGCAACGCCGUGUUUGUGUGCAUGCUUGUUGAAGGGAUUUAUUUGCAUCGCUCUAUCGUCGCCGUGUUCAAACAGAAGCUGAAGAUUAAAUGGCUGUACGGUGCUGGAGCUGUGAUAGCCCUAACACCAGCGAUAUCAUGGGCGGCAGUAAUGGCGGUCCAUAACGACCACUCUUGCUGGCUAGUGUACACUGUUCCUCACAUACAAUGGAUCCUCGACGCGCCUCGUAUCGCCAUCCUAGUGAUCAACACCAUACUCUUCAUUGACAUCUUGAGGGUACUGCUGACGAAGAUCAGGAACUCGGAGAAUGCUAAUCAACUGAGUACAGCAAAAACAACCUUAUUCCUGAUGCCGUUGUUUGGCACGCAGUUCUUACUGACUGCCUUCAGGCCAACCACUUCCAACUGCACUGAGGAGCAGAUCUAUUACUACGUAUCCUAUACUCUGGAGGGGCUGCAGGGCUUCAUUGUAGCCAUGCUUUUCUGCUACAUUAAUAAGGAGGUCCGUGGACUAAUAAAGGCUACAUACAGGAAAACCGAAAGUGCUGUUGUUUCCCGAAUACGAAGAGAUUCUUCGUUACCUCGUAUGAGUCAAAAUUCUGAUAGGAGAAUUACCUGCAGUACUGGUUUGCCAUCAAAUACGGGAGAGGAAUCAAAAGACCAAUAUGCGAGCAUAAGACCAAAGUUACACGUCGCUGAAAUAAUAUCGAUACAGGCCAGUGAACGACUCGCUGAGAUUUUAGAACCAGUAUAUGAAACUAUACAAAAUGGAGUCACUAACGAAGGGUACGACUCUCUUGAUAGAUCAGACCUGGACAAUGACUCGGGCUUCAUAGCUAAUAGAGACUUCAAAGUAGAAGAUUACUACGGUUUCACUAACGCAUCAAGCGUCUCCAUCGAUUGCCAAGACUGGAUCCGCUGCGUCUCAUCCCCAUCUAGCAGCGUUUACAACAACUCCUUAAACGAUUACGAAACAAAAUAUUUAGAAAAGAAAUUCCCAAAUCAUUCCAAACUUCGAGGCAUUUGUGAGGUUCGCGAAAAGAAUUCGGACCAAAUAAUUGCUAAUUGGAAUUGUAUGGAAUAUCCGGCUGCGCAAUCGCACUCAGCUAACGAAGAUGUUAAGAAAGAGAUUGGCCGUGAGAGGGAGCCCGUCGCCGGGGCCGGGGCCAGAGUCGCAAAGCCGGUCGACGAUGGCGAAUACGACGACUGCGAAAAUAUGUUCGAGGAGAUCAUGCAAUACAUAGAAACCACGGACAAUCAAAAUACUCCAAUCCCAAUAGAUCCUAAUUGCCUCGCACCAAACCGACGCGACGGAGAUAGGAUUGUAUUUCUAAAUGAAUAAAUCACUUACUUACAACUUGUUAACAUUAUUAUCACGAAAUCCAUUUUGUUUUCAUAUCUGCAGCGGUAGAUGAUUGUUAAUGUUCUAGAUAACAUUAUCAGUAUUUCCUGAAAUCAACACAAUUCUUUGUGUAUUUAAAAUUAAUCGCUUUAAAUUAGGCACUAAGCACAUUCCGUCUUAAUAUUUAAUUUGAUAUUUUAUUGUUUUCUAGUUAAUAAACUGCCACUGAGGCACCUAACAUUAUAAAAACAGUUCACUUUGUUUUUAUGUAAAAACUGAUUGAUGUUAAUUAUAUUCAUUAACGUUUUAUAUUCUUAACAAAAAACUGUUAAACAUUUAACUUAUUGCAAUUAUUUUCUAUAAAAUAUAUGAAUAAACACUACGCAUUAG